GUGUGUGUGUGUGUGGGUGUGUGUGUGUGUGUGUGUGCAUUCAUGCUGUUAAUGGAUUGCUAAUUAAGGACUUCUCAGGUGAAGCCAGAAAAAGCAGGAGAGGAAAUGGAGGAGUGGAGUGCCAGGUAAGAGGAGACGGUAGAAAUAGAUUUAUCAAAUGACGAGAGAAGAUGGGGGGAAACAAGACAAACCUGAAGGAGGGGCAGAGGGAAAAGAAAGGUAUGUGGCUGCCUGAUAGUGUGAGAGGGAAUACGGAGAGAGAAAGAGUAGAAGAAGUAGGCAAACUGAUUAAAUGGCACGAAAAGAGAGAUCAUAAGAGCGGAGAGACUCUGGUAAGAAUUUUUACACCAAUUAAAAGAAAUGGCAAAGGAAUGAAAGGGUGAUUCUGUCAGGACGACUGCUCUGUUAAAGUAACUCUAUCUGCUCUGAGCCGUAACAUACAGUAAUGACUUCCCAGUGAUGGGGCCACUCCAUUCUACACACACACUUCUAAUGAGCACUCCGGGGCUUAUACACAAUACUGAGACUACUAUCCAUACACGUCCUUCCAUGAGCCAUGAAUCUGCUCUGUCAUCUGUUGUUCUUGACAAUUACCCUUCACCUUGGUGUCGUCAAGGGUGGAAGAGCCCAGCGUAAACAGAGGCAGGCUGAAGAGAAGUUGAGGCCUUAUUUGGGCAGAGUGGAUCCUGAAUCCCUGUGUAAGUUGUUGAAAUGUCACAGUCCUAUUGGUUCCUGGUGCCAAGUAGUGAAGGAGGGGGGAGUUCUCGCUCCUAAAUGUAUGUGUCCAAAGACCUGCCCACGGCAGGGGGCAGCAGUGUGCAGCGUUAUGGGGAAGACGUACAGCAACGAGUGUCUUCUUCACAAGGAGGCCUGCCGCAAAAAACGACGCAUUGGCAAGGCACAUAGUGGAGCUUGUCUGGUAAGCGAGGCUGAGUGCUCUGAGGAAGAGUUCGGUCAGUUCCCGUACCGUCUGCUGGACUGGUUCUUACUCCUCAGCAGAAUGGGAGAGAGAUACACACCAGCCGCUCCCUCUCAAAGCUGUCUCACACACACCCAGCGAACCCAACUUGCAGAGAGAAGGUUUGUUCUGUUGGAUCGUAACAGGGACGGGAAAUUAAGCAGGAGAGAUCUGAGAAAGCUUCACUAUAAGCGGAUGCCACUGGAGCACUGCGCUCAAAGAUUCUUCCAGUCAUGUGACAAGAACAAGAAUAAGAAGGUGAUCCUGAGGGAGUGGACAUCCUGUCUGGUUAACCGGUCAGAACGCUGGUUUCAGGAUUUCAUGUCCGUGAAGAUGGGCUCACCAAAGCUGUGUCCUGUCCCAGACAACAACCUUUACAUUUAGAUGCUUUAUCCGGGUGGAAUUGUAUUUUAAAACCUAUCAGCUUGACUCAUGAAUAUUAAUUAACUAGGUGACAUUUAUCUAGAAGUUAUAAUAAUUGAUACCUCUAGAAAGCUAGCCAUUUACAUUCUGCAUUUUUUGGAUUAAAAAUACUGUAAAACAGUGAUAUUGUGAAAUAUUCUUACAAUUUAAA